CAUCCUUUUUCCAUCUACCUUUGAAUCUUUUGACACUUGUAUAUAUGAAGCUUUACUUCCUCCUUUGUUACUCCUUUUCUAUCAAUCACCAAAACACAUUCAUUGUCCUAAACCCUAAACACCCAAGAACCGAACUACCACACCAAAAAAAAAAAUGAGACCCUUUGGCUUGAUCUUUACGGUCAUGUUCUUGGUCUCGGCCUUUUCGGAAUCAAGAACAGCCGAUUGCAGAGUUCUCCUUGGCGGUUCGACGACUGAAGAAAUCGUUCAAUCUAAAAAUCAUGGGGUCGAUUUGCGAAGUGAAGACUUAUUAGGGGUCGUGAUACAUGGUUAUAGGAAGUUAAGGUGGCUCUCUUCAGCUGGAGAGAGGAUGCAUACAAUGGCUUCAGGACCGAGCAGGAGAGGUGCUGGUCACUAAAACACCAACACAGAACAAUACAUUAUUCAAUAUUUAUUUAGAUCAGGUUAUACGACUACAUUUUCAUUUGUUAUAGAUCAUUAUAUUUAUUCAGUCGUUAAAUUGAUCAAUGUAAAGUUUAGAAGGGAAAUAUUCUUUGAUCAUCAUACAAUCGUCUGGUUUCCUUCUCAUAAACACUCAUGUAUAGUAUACGCGUCAAUAAAUUGAUUUUUA